CAUUGCACAAUGUGUGGGUCCUAGAAAACGCUGACCUGAGUGGAUUUGCCUGGAUUUUCUUCGUGGGUUCUUAUCAUCCUGAAGGCCCUUGUGCUUUCAGAGAUGAAAAUGACGCCUCUCCUCUUUGUUCCAGGAUACCCGUGGUCUCUCGUAUGUGGCAAGAACUCUAGCAGAGCGGUGGAAAGAUGGGUGUGAAAACCUUCACUCACAACUCCCCUGCGCACAGCCAGGAGAUGCUGGGCAAGCUCAACAUGCUCCGCAACGACGGCCACUUCUGCGACAUCACCAUCCGCGUCCAGGACAAGAUCUUCCGGGCUCACAAGGUGGUUUUGGCAGCCUGCAGUGAUUUCUUCCGCUCCAAGCUCGUUGGCCAAGCAGAAGAUGAGAGCAAGAGCGUGUUAGACCUGCACCACGUGACGGUGACUGGAUUUAUCCCUCUCCUGGAAUAUGCUUACACAGCAACGCUGUCUAUUAACACGGAGAACAUCAUCGACGUGUUGGCUGCAGCCAGCUACAUGCAGAUGUUCAGCGUGGCUAGCACGUGCUCCGAGUUCAUGAAGUCCAGCAUUCUCUGGAAUACUCCCAACAGCCAGCAGGAGAAGGUGCUGGAUGCAGGGCAGGAGAGCAGUGCAAACUGCAAUUUCACCUCUCGGGAUGGCAGCCUUUCUCCUGUGUCCUCCGAGUGCAGCGUGGUGGAAAGGACCAUCCCCGUGUGCCGCGAGUCGCGGAGGAAGCGCAAAAGCUACAUCGUGAUGUCCCCAGAGAGCCCCAUUAAGUGUAACACACAAACAAGUUCCCCCCAAGUGCUGAAUCCUUCAACUUCUUACCCAGAGUCCAGAAAUCAGCCCGUGGACUCAUCCCUAGCUUUCCCCUGGACUUUUCCUUUUGGAAUUGAUCGAAGACUCCAGUCUGAGAAGGUGAAGCAGGCGGAGAACUCGAGGACUUUGGAAAUGCCUGGGCCCUCCGAGGCCAACAGGAGAAUUACAGAUUAUGUGACUUGUGAGAGCACAAAAGCCAGUUCUCCCCUGGUCAUUGAGGAAGACGUGCGUGUCAAAGUGGAAAGGUUAAGUGAUGAGGAGGUUCAUGAGGAAGUAUCACAGCCUGUUAGCGCAUCCCAGAGCUCCCUAAGCGAUCAACAGACAGUCCCAGGAAGUGAACAAGUGCAGGAGGAUCUUCUGAUCAGCCCACAGUCUUCCUCUAUAGGCUCAAUAGAUGAGGGCGUCACGGAGGGACUACCCACACUCCAAAGUACCUCUGGCACGAACGCUCACGCAGAUGAUGAUGAUCGUUUGGAGAACGUUCAGUAUCCCUACCAACUCUACAUUGCUCCUUCUACCAGCAGCACAGAGAGACCCAGCCCCAAUGGUCCAGACAGACCUUUUCAGUGUCCAACCUGCGGGGUCCGCUUCACUCGCAUUCAGAACUUAAAACAACACAUGCUUAUCCACUCAGGCAUUAAACCAUUUCAGUGCGACCGCUGUGGGAAAAAGUUCACCCGCGCUUACUCGCUCAAGAUGCAUCGCCUGAAGCACGAAGGUAAACGCUGUUUCCGGUGCCAGAUAUGUAGUGCCACUUUCACUUCCUUCGGGGAAUAUAAACACCACAUGCGGGUUUCCCGGCACAUUAUCCGCAAGCCUCGGAUUUACGAGUGCAAAACAUGUGGCGCCAUGUUCACCAACUCUGGGAAUUUAAUCGUUCACCUGAGGAGCUUGAACCAUGAAGCGUCAGAGCUAGCAAACUACUUCCAGAGCAGUGACUUCCUAGUACCGGACUACUUAAACCAGGAACAAGAAGAGACCCUCGGGCAGUAUGAGCUAGGGGAGCAUGGCUUUGAAAGCAACUCUUCUGUCCAAAUGCCUGUCAUUUCACAGGUGUCAUCAACUCAGAAUUGUGAAAGCACUUUCCCCUUGGGGUCUCUGGGUGGGUUGGCAGAGAAGGAAGAAGAUGUGCCAGAGCAGCCAAAGACUAACGCCACUGCUGAGGCAGCCGCAGGUGACCCUCCGAAACAGGAGCUGUCAUCCAUUACUAUUGAAUAAGUCAUGGUUUGGUUUCAUUUUUGUUCUUUGGGAAGUGCCUGUGUUUGGUCCUGUACAUUUUAAUUUAAUUCUUUUUUUUUUUUUUAAAGAGAAGUGGGGAGAUUUUUCCCUUUUUCCUUUGUAAGCUACGCUUUAAACCGAAAACUGCACCAGAUGUUACGGUAUUUGUCAUGACUGAAUGCUCACUUCUGCGACAAUACUUAAGACUGAUUGCACAAAAC